AUGGUGGGCUUGGCGAUCUUCGUGUACGUCCGCGAGGAUCGGGACUUGGUCCCGCUCGUCGGCAAGAUCCAGAUGAAAUCUAUCAAGAGGGGACCGGCUUCGCCGGCGCGCUGGGGAACAAAGGCGCCGUUUGCUGUCGCCUCAGGACCCGGGAUCGGUGCCUUCAACGCCUGCUUCGUCAAUGUUCAUCUCGCCUCUGGUACUGGGAAGGCGAAGAAGCGUGAUAAGCAUAUGUCCAAGAUCAUCGCUGGGCUGGUGAACGAGGGCUCCCGAUCCCGAGCUGGAUGUUUUGAAGGAUUCAAGUCGACAGAGACAGCAGGCGGCUGCCACUUCACCGCCGUCCUGGGGGACUUCAACUCUCGGCUGGAGCUCGGCGCAGAGGUGCCGCUGGCGAAGGGCAGCGAGGGGGCGAUGACGGUGGGGGGCAGGCCUUCUGAGGCUCCGUUGGAAGACUGGCUCUGCAGGGACGAGAUGGUCAAUGGCAGGCUGGAGAGCCUCAAGGGAUUCAGCGAGGAGCCGGUGCGCUUCCCCCCGACCUUCGGGUACGUGCCAGGCUCGGAUACCUUCGGGCGCCGCUACCACCCGGCGUGGACCGACCGCGUGGUCUACCGGGUGGCCGCCGGCGCCCGCGCGGAACCCCAGGAGAGUACGGCUCGUUCCCAGACGUGCUGCGCACCAGCGACCACCGCCCCGUCGCCGCGCAGCUCAAGGUCUCGCUUGAAUAUUGAGCGGUUCGGUCAGUAUGCGUAUUUCGUCGCUUGCGGACAUGCCCCACGUUUUGUGGCAAGUCUUAGGUCUGUUUUUACCGUGCAGGUUGGACGGGGCAGGCACCGGUGGUCAUAA